AUGCCUAGUACACCAAUUGCAAAUAUUGUGUCGUUAAGUGAUGUGAUGACAACCGAAAAUAAUAUUCCACAGCCAUCUGGUGACGUCCACCUUGACAUACUUAGAAACAUUUUCCAGCAUGAAAACUUUCGUGGUAUACAAAGGAGAGUGAUAGAUGUAGUUACAACAAAUAAAGAUGCCUUAGCAGUUAUACCAACAGGGGGAGGUAAUCAAUGUGUUAUUGGAUUCCAGGUCUGUCAAGCACAGGCAUUACUGUCGUAAUUACACCUUUGAUGGCACUAAUAAAUGAUCAUGUUUCAAAAUUACGAAGCUAUGGGAUAAAUGUCUGUUGUGUCAACUCGAGUAUGACCCCUGAGGAACGGGACAUUAUAUUUCAUGAACUGACAGAGAAUCACCAUACAAUUUUUUUACUUGACACCAGAGUUUGCCAUGUCUCCACCCGCUACAGCAUGUUUUCAAGCAAUGUCAGAAAACAAAACAUUAUUGCAGUUUGUAAUUGACGAAGCACACUGGUUGCACAUGGGGACAAAGCUUUAGACCAUCAUAUGCUCAGCUCAGUACACUUAAGCAGUUUAACCGACCCACUGUGGCGUUUACAGGAACUGCAACAAACCAAACAAAGCAGAGAAUUGUGGAGAAACUAGGCUUGGAUCAACCUGUCAUUCUUCAAUCAACCUGUAAUAGGGGCAAUUGGGUUUUCAGAGUACUCAACGAAAGUGGUCCACAUACCAAAGAAGAUGUAGUCAUGCAAGCAUGUUCAAGAAAAUUUCUUAAAUGUUUGUGGUAUUGUGUACUGUUUUAGCACCAAAGAUACUGUUGAGUUGGCCUACCUAUUUAAAUCCAAAGGUUUUCAUGUGUAUAUAUUACCAUGGUCAACUUGAUUACUUUGAGAGAACUGACAAUGCUCGAGCUUGGUUAUCAGGAAAGGCACAGGUAAUAUGUGCUACAAGUGCUUUCGGAAUGGGCAUAGAUAAACCUGAUGUCCGUUUUGUGAUCCACCUUAGCUUACCUAGGUCACUUGAAGAAUACUAUCAAGAAGCUGGGAGAGCUGGUCGUGAUGGAAACACCUCACAUUGUAUUCUCAUGUUUCGGUUUGAGGACAGAAAUAAACUGAUCCAGCUAAUUUACAAAUCAACAUCUGAAGAUCACAUGGAAUUCCAGACACAUUCAUUGAACAGAGUUGUGUCUUACUGUAUGUCAUCAAUAUGCCGAAGAAAGCUCAUCCUAGAAUACUUUGAUGAUGGAUUUGAUGUAAACUGUAAUGGAUCAUGUGACAAUUGUCUUACAACACCACCAUUACCCAAGGAUUACACCAUGGAAACCAUCAACACAUGUCUUUGUCUUGAAGAAAUGGAUUUCACCUAA